UUUGUUUGGGUUUUUUGCAGGUACAUGGGGAUAGGACUCUCUGCGCAAGGGGUCAACAUGAACAGGCUUCCUGGAUGGGAUAAACAUUCCUAUGGGUACCAUGGGGACGAUGGGCACUCCUUCUGUUCUUCGGGGACAGGACAGCCCUACGGCCCUACGUUCACCACGGGGGAUGUGAUCGGCUGCUGCGUUAACCUCAUCAACAAUACCUGCUUUUACACGAAAAAUGGCCACAGCUUAGGUAUAGCCUUUACAGACCUCCCUUCAAAUCUCUACCCUACAGUGGGUCUCCAGACUCCAGGAGAGAUCGUCGAUGCCAACUUUGGGCAGCAGCCGUUUGUGUUCGACAUUGAGGAUUACAUGAGGGAAUGGCGAGCGAAGAUCCAGAGCACCAUCAAGCGGUUUCCCAUAGGAGACAGACUGGGCGAGUGGCAAGCCAUGCUGCAGAACAUGGUUUCAUCGUAUUUGGUUCACCACGGGUACUGUUCGACAGCCACUGCCUUUGCCAGAGUCACAGACACCACAAUCCAGGAAGAGCAGACCUCAAUAAAGAACAGACAAAGAAUACAGAAGCUCGUAUUAGCAGGCAGAGUGGGAGAGGCUAUAGAAGCCACCCAGCAGCUCUAUCCUGGCCUCCUAGAACACAACCCCAACCUGCUCUUCAUGUUAAAGUGCCGGCAGUUCGUGGAGAUGGUGAACGGGACAGACAGUGAAGUACGUUGUUUCAGUGCCCGCAGCCCCAGGUCCCAGGACAGUUACCCCGGCUCCCCCAGCUUAAGUCCUAGACAUGGAUCGAGCAACUCCCAUGUCCAUAGUACCGGAGCAGAUAGUCCGACCUGUAGCAAUGGAGUCAUGUCCACAAAAAGCAAACAGAGCCACAGUAAAUACCCAACGCUGAGUUCAUCGUCUUCAUCUUCCUCCUCCUCCUCCCCCUCAUCUGUGAACUACUCUGAGUCCAAUUCUACAGAUUCCACCAAAUCUCAGCAGCACAGUAGUACGAGUAACCAAGAAACCAGUGACAGCGAGAUGGAAAUGGAGGCCGAACAUUACCCCAAUGGAGUGCUGGAAAAUUCAUCCACCAGGAUCAUGAAUGGCACCUACAAACACGAAGAGAUCCUGCAGACGGAUGAAUCCAGCAUGGAAGACGGCUGCCCCCCGAGGCAGCUCUGUGGAGGGCACCACGCUGCCACAGAGCGGAUGAUCCAGUUUGGACGGGAGCUGCAGAUGCUGAGCGAGCAGCUUUGCAGAGAAUACGGGAAGAACACAAUGCACAAAAAGAUGCUUCAGGACGCGUUUAGCUUGUUAGCUUACUCAGACCCGUGGAACUGCCCUGUUGGUCAACAGCUGGACCCGAUCCAGAGGGAACCUGUGUGUGCUGCUCUUAAUUCCGCUAUAUUGGAAUCUCAGAACCUGCCAAAGCAGCCCCCGCUGAUGCUUGCCCUGGGCCAGGCCUCGGAGUGUUUGCGGCUCAUGGCUCGCGUGGGCUUGGGCUCCUGCUCCUUUGCCAGAGUAGACGACUAUUUGCACUAGCCACCAGAGCAAGACGGAGUUGACAUUGUUGAGUGGUGCCCUUCACCCUCCGUCGCUGCCACUCUACGCCACCACCUCGUCCGAUAGCCUGACCUCCCUGCCACCAACACCCCUAGCACACACACAGACACACAGACACAGACACACAGACACUGCCUGUGAUGGGGCGGAGCGGGCCCCUUGCUGCGUGGCUCCUCCUGACCCCAGGGACAACCGACGGGUCUCCCCCGUCUCCCUGCCAUUGCUGCAGCUCCGGUGGCACUCAGUAUUUCGCUGGUUAUUUUAAUGUAGCGCCUGCCGACGUAGGGAUUUCUCUUUACUUUGAGUUGAGUUGUUUCUCAUGGACCCACCGGGAUUUUACCUGGAGAGUGUUGCUGAGCUGGUUUCUGCUGAUUUACGGAGGGAGCUCGUCGGGUUGGUGACAGCUUGUGCUUUUCUUCCCUUCCCCCUCCAUCAUGCACAUACAGCAUCACCUCCUGUGCUAGUUACCUGAACUCUUCUCGCAGUGGCAGUUCAGAGGGAUUUUUUUUUAUUUUAUUUGAAUCCUGUUUAUUAAAAAGGUCUCUUCCACCUCCACAAAGUCACUGACUUAUUUAUUGCCCACAGACUUGGUCCCAGCCCUGCAGAAGGGGGUAGGUCCUGUCAGGCACUAUCGAUGACAGCGGGAGGAGCUUGGUCCUUCCUGGUGCCCACCUUCAGGAGCACAGGGCUCCCCAGCGUUUGCCUUUGCCUGUGGGAAGACCAGAAGGCUCAACAUCGCUUACAUUAGUGGCUGCGCUGUGGAAGCAUCGCACAGCCCUGAGCAAUCAGUACAUCCAGUGCUGGCAGCAGCUGGAGGGACAGGAGGGACGGAUAUGACAUCAUCUGCCGCGGUAUGGGUGGCAGCAGCUUGCGUUGGCCUGUGAGAAAUGCCUGUGGGGGCUGCCCCAUCGGGCUCUUGGCCUUUUGUGUUAAACCAUGGAUCCCCCUUUCCUCUGUAGCGGAGGGCUCUGUUGCUAGGGCUCAGCAAUCACAGUGUUUACCGACCCCUCCACCUAACGCAGAUCCAAGUAAGCACCUCUGAAUUGUGGAAGCAUCUCAGGAACACUGGCGUGAGCCAUGCGCAGGCCAAGGCUGGGCUGCAGGCUGGGCUCUGUGCUAGCUGCACCAGGUCUGAGCUGGGCAGAGGGGAGUGGCAAUGUUUCUUUAGGGAUCCUUACAAAAGUUAUUUUAGUUUCAGGUCCAAAAGCGACCAGCGAGGAUCUGGGGGUGAGCAACCUCCAAGUGAGGUGGACUAACGUCUCGCUGCCACAGGAUGCACGGGUCCAGGGGCUCAAGCGCUGCUGAGCUUUUGGUACUCCAGCCAUCAGCCUGCAGGUGUUCCUCUGUGCGUGCUUUGCCACGGUGGGGCCGGGCAGCGGGGCCGCCUGUUCUGCAUCCUCUGCUGUACCCGUAGGAGACGUCGGGUCCAGUCUGGCCAUACAGGAGGAACUGUAAUAAUGCACCGAAUUAAUCUUAGGUCAGUUGCUCUGAGGAGGACUCAGGGGAGCUCAGACCCAAGGUGUAUUUUACUGCUGCUCUUAAUAUUGGUUUGUUUUUUUUUUUUUUUUGAAGGCUCAGUGAAAGAUGAACAGAUUGUGUUGAUAUUUGCCCUUAGAACGGUGGUCAGCCUGUGCCAGGACUUCAAGGGCAGGAGAGCUGGUGUGCCACCAAAGGAGGGAGGGGAGGUGGUGCCACUGAAGAAGGGAGGUGGAGGUGGUGUUGGCCUCUGAGCAGUAGCCCAGAGCAGGCAGGAUUGGCUGCCUUUGCAGGCCAGAUUUGCAGCUGGAACGCGAGGUCUGGGAUGAAGGCAGCGCAGGGGGGCAGGUGUCCCCACACCAUGGACAUUCCCAGCUGCAGCAGGGAAGGCGCAGGUGGUGUUGGGGGUGCUCAGCAGUGCCUAUCGCUGCCUUUCAGUGAAGAUUCCAGAGCAGUGCUCGAGCCGUGGCCAUCAAGAACAGAGGCAAUGUGAGGUUUAGGGGUGGAGGAGGUAUUUCUAUUAGAUCAGCUCAUAAGAGUUGAUAAAAGCCGAGGGAGCUCUGCAUACUGAAGCCUUUUGAAGGUUCCAGUUGAACGGGAGGAAGAACUUCUUGACUUUGAGGGGGACCGAGCCCUGGCA